AUGGCAGGCAAAGUUGCCUACGUACAAGACGCAGACGACGCCGGCUCCGCUCUCGAGAGCGCUGAGAGGACGUACGCCCGUUCGGUUGCACCCAGCAGCCCCCAAAAGCACACGGCCAACGUUGCCAGACCCCGACCCAAAGAAAAGAAGAUGAGGAGAACGUCCAUCCAGGACCCAGGUCUGACCGACUCGGACGACACCGUCAACGACCCCACCACGGCCAAGUAUGAGCGCCAGAGACACGAGAGCGUCAACGAGAGGGGCGGGGAGGAGCGCCGUCGAAGGAAGAAGGACGAACAGAGGCCCGUCGACCGCCGCGAACAGGAGAGGCCCAAGAAGCCUGCCGUCCGGCCCCCGGUGAAGAGCGUCAAGACGGCCCCGGUCGUCCACACGCAACAGCCUGACGAGUACCGGAGGCCGCGCUUCGAGGACGACUCCUCGCAGUAUGGCAUCCAGCCGGCACAGGCACACCGCCCGAGAGGCAUGUCGAACCGACCCAACAGCUACUACGGCCAAGGCACCCGGCCGCCCCCGGCGAAUGAGCGCUGGUAUGCUCAGAACGCCCCGUCGCCGUACGCCCCCUCUCCGAUGGCCCCAUCGCCGAUGCAGCCGCUGCCGCCGAUGGCUCAGUCCCCCUUCACACCGGGCAUGCCGUAUGCUCAUCCGCAGGAAUGGGCUCCGCCUGGCGGGAUGCCGUACCCCGCGCCGCCGUCUUCCGCAAGCGACUACUUCCCACCGCCUCACCACGCACCACCCCCUCAUCAUGCAGGGCCUCCCCAGGCGGCACCCGGACAGACCCACCUGGCCCAGCGCUUCCAGAGACCCUCGUCCGCCAUGGGCCACCGCUCCAUCUCGGACUCGUACGAACAUGACCCGUACGAGAAGGAGCAGAUGCCCAGGCGGCGGUCGGUCAAGAUCCGCCCGGCCGAGGGCGAUCCCCGGCAGCUCAUGCCGCCGCCGCCGCGCCCAAAGACAAGCCAGCCGACCCGGCAGGCUGUCAAGGGCCCACCCCGCCAGAAGUCGGCCCCCAAGAUGCCGCCCCCACGCCAGAUUGCACAAGCCAGCUACGACUCUGACGCCUUUGACGACGACGAUUCUCUCUACCAGCAGGUCGUGCACUACGAAUACGACGACGGUGUCCUGGACCGUCCUCGCGCCCACCGUCGGCGCUCCAGCGCAUACAGCCGGGAGGGCUACUCCAUUGAGCCUGCGGGCCGCACUCGCCGUCACUCGUACAUGGCCGCCGCCGACAGCUACCCGGAGCCCAAGGUCGGCAGCUACUCGGAGCACAAGAUGGCCGAAGCCCAGCACGCUGCCAUGGCGUACCAGAACGGCGUCAGCGGCGGCCCCACGGCGCCGCUGACCGCCGCUGCCCUCAAGGCCAAGCAGAGCAAGAGCAGCCGGUCCAGCGGCAGCAGCGAGAGCCGCGACGACAGCGAGUACCGACAGAGCGCCACGACGCGGACCACACGGUCCUCGGCCAUUGAGAGCGAAGACGUCACCAUCAAGGUUACCGGCAGCGCCGUACUCAAGAUUGGCGGUGCCGAGAUCCAAUGCCAGGAUGGCGGCGAAAUCAACAUCACCCAGCCGAGCCGCAACGGCGGCAGCGACCGGGCCAGCACCGUCUACUCGGACGACCGCCCGACCCGCAGAGACUCGCGCCCGCUGCCCAUCCGUGCCCGUGCCGACUCGUGGAACCGCAGCCAGGUCAGCGACUACAGCUAUGCCCCGCAGGCCAGGCCGCCCUUCUUUUGA